UUAAUGUCUUCCAUAUCCAACACCAAGCUUCUAUACAUUCAUCUUUCCUCCUUGGUCCUAGCACAUUCCCUUUUAACUAAUUCUCCAAAUCUUUAAAAUUCAUUCAAAUAUGGAAGGGUUGAAAUUCUUAAAGAAUUCACAACAGUUAGUGUCAAUUUUGGCCAUUGUCUUAACGAUUUUCAGCACUCAAUUAGUUUCAGGGCAGAAUGGUACAGCGUGUAGCGCGGCAAUGCUACGUAGUUUUAGCCCUUGCAUAAACUUUAUUAGCAAUGGUGGGAGCAAUAAUUCUUCGCCAACUUCAGAUUGUUGCCGAUCUCUCAAGUAUGUCAUGAGCAAUGGCACAGAUUGCCUCUGCCUUAUUGUUACUGGAAAUGUUCCUUUUCGCGUUCCCAUUAACAGGACUUUAGCAAUUUCCCUCCCUAAAGCUUGUAACAUGGCUGGUGUCCCCUUCCAGUGCAAAGCAUCACCUUCCCCUAAUCCAGCUCCAGGUCCAGCUAACUUAAGACCAACAGAAUCUCCUAGGUCAUCUCAAAGACCUAGGUCACCUCCAUCUCCUAGUCCUGAAGCUGCUAAUGUACCUCAGCCAUUCACACCUCCUUCGGGACCAGUGGCUGAUAAAACACCAGAUUUAUCACCACCUCCAACAGACAGCGUUGGAGACCCUGAUACAAAUUCCGGAUUUAAGCCUAAUUUGAUACCAUCAGCAGCUCAGAGUUCCCAGAGAUUUUCAGUAUUUGUUCUUCUAGCAGCCUGUGGAGUGAUGGCUUUGCAGUUUAACUGAAUUGGCAACUCACUCCCUCUUUUUGGGAAAAAAAAAAAAAAUGGAUAUAUUUUAGGGAGCUUGCUUGUAGCUUAUAGAGUAUAUUUUAGGGAGCUUGCUUGUAGUUUAUAGACAUUCGUUCGAAGUGUGAUGUACAUCAGUUUGGCCCUGUUUUGAUAACAUUCAUUGCAUUGAGUGUCAUGGAAAAUAACAAAUUUGAGGUCUCAAGAUGUAGA